UGGCAAUCAAUUAGUGAGGCUAACUAAACUACCAUAGACUAGACCUGUGUACUCGAGUCACUGUUUACAUUAUAUCACUAUUAUCCACGGAUAGGAAAAGAAGAAAAAUCCAUUUUGUCUAUCUAUCGCAACUAAUCUUUGGUAAUUCAUCCACUUAUUUGUUCGUUAGUCAUCUUCCCAUCCCGCAGGCUAUCUUGCGUUCUGUACCGCGAUGCCUCCCAAAACACGUGGUGGAAGCACCAGAACACGCGGUGGAAGCACCAAAACCAACGCGCCGAAAAAAGGACGCAUCACAAAGCGCGCUCCCAAUAAACGUACAACCAAACCAGAUACCGUGAUAUCGUCUCGACAAGCUAGAGAGCUAUCUCCCGAGGAACUCUGCUUCUUGCGGGGUCCAAACGGACCCCCGACCUACGACCAUUUAGGUUAUGAACUCGACUAUCACAAGGUCGCUGGCUCAUUUUGCCGCCGUGGUCGUCCAGGAACUCAAGCCUAUACGGAUAUGCUAGAGCGGGAUGAGCGAGAGAAAAACCGCAAAGCAGAUAUCAUGGGUGGUCCUGAAUGGAACCAGCGGUCGGCUAUGACGUUGAUGUUAUGGACUGACCGUGUUGCGCGAGAUCUGGGCAUCCCAUACCAUAAGGUGAAGAUGGAGCAAUUUGAGGAGUGGCAUGCCAAGGGGUUCCGCGCAAACGGGGAGGAGUUUAUUGCAGCGAAUGUGUCGCCAGAAGAGCAGGAUAGGGUGACAGACUUGGCAACAGGGAGUGCAUUUAGGAAGUAAUUAUACAUUAAGAUAGUGAGAUCUAUCUGAUAAUCUAGGUAAUAACAUAUCAAGCGCACCAGUGCGAAAGCUUCGAGAAAGAACAUAAGAACAAGACAGAAUCAAAGACCAACUCAGACUGAGGGACGCCGAUGUAGGUCUUCUAUUAUGGAUAUUUUAUCUAACUAGACGACUUUAGGAACAACCAACAUAUAUUAGGCGAUAAAUGCGACAAAUUGAGGGAUACUCAUUGCAAUCCACAUGAAAA